AUUCCUUCAUUUUGUUUGUUAUUGCACUGAUUGAAAUUGUCAGUGCUUUUUGAAAAAAUUUCAAUCGAUUUAUACAAUAAGAAAUUUUUUCAUUCAACGUCAACGAUUUAGUACUGAAUUUAAAAGAUGAGUAGCCGAGGGACCAGAACUGGAAAUUCUGGAGGAAAGAAGAAAUCAAACGAUUUUCUUGCGAGAAGAGCAAAGGACAAAAUAGUAAGUGAGGAAGAAUUAAAAGGAAAGGAAUGUAUAACGCCAGACGACGUUCUAAAUUUAGAUAAAAUAACUGAAAGUUAUUUAUGCCCGAAUGAUGCUAACGUUUACAAUAUCGAAUUUACUGGUUUCAAGUUGAGAGAUGUAGAUUCUGGAAUGAUUUUGCUCGAUGUUAAUAGAGAUGACAAUGGUUACGACAACGAAGAAGAUGAGUCUGCGGAUCCUAAUAUAGGCCGAUACAUUCGGUACGAAUUUCCUGCUAAAUUUUUGGAAUUACGGCAUGUUGGAGCAACUGUACGAUUUAGCAUUGGCGACAAGCCAGUUGAGAAUUUUCGCAUGAUAGAACGACACUUUUUCCGUGACCAAUUGCUUAAAAGCUUUGACUUUGAAUUUGGAUUCUGCAUUCCAAACAGUAAUAAUACAGUCGAACAUAUUUACGAGUUCCCGAAGCUAGAAAAGCAACUAAUGGAAGAAAUGAUUGCUAAUCCUUUCCAAACUCGGUCGGAUAGUUUUUACUUUGUUGGAGAUCGUCUUGUAAUGCAUAACAAAGCAGACUACUCUUAUCAAGGUUGA